GACCGACGUCACUGUGUAAAUUCAGUGCCAGGUCGAGUGACCGUGUUGUUGCAAUCAUCCGUUGCUAUAACUACUUCUGUAUUAACGUUAACGACUUAAUGAGUAUAUUAAAUUAUUCUAGCUUUUGAUAUGAUGCUAUGAAUGAUACGACGACAUAAAAAGGUUAAUGAAAAGGGAGAGCAAAGACCUAAUAUUGCCGUGGAUGGUACAAACUCUUGUGACUUGGAAGAAUGAGUAAUAACUGGGCUCCCAAUGCCUGGGUGAAAGUGAGCAGAGCAUUUCACAUGUGUCAUACACAUGCCCGCAAGUCAGCAGCAUCACUUCCCUUGUCUGGUACCUCUCACUGCAGGGUUCACGUACAACAACCUUAUUGCUACAAGGUUGGCUAUCUCAGCUGGAGGCACAUCCACCACCUGAGGAUCACUGGACGUAAAGGAUGGCUCUAUAAAGCUAACCAGGUUAGACAAAGGCUUGGACUGCACACCAGCACCUUGUAUUUGAACACUUCAGCCUCACGGUGGUCUGCUGGUCUGAGCCAGCACAUGUCGCGGGUCAGGAACACACUGGACACAGUUUCUAAAGCUGUGAGUGGGACACACACAGAACUUCUCUCCAAAAUUGCCAGACUCAAGCCUGAUGCUUUAAAGGGUGGAAAAAAGGGUGAGGCAAGUGUUGAGUCAACGCCAAAAGUAGAGGAGAGUGCAGUCGCGGCUACUCCUACUCCCACUAAUUCUGCCCCCACUUCUACAUCUACAACACCCAAACCUAUAUGUAUGCCAUCGUCUGCCAGUCCUUCUAUUCCUACUUCUGCUGCUACAUUUGAUGCAAGUGCCACUACCUCUACUCAUCCUCCCAGUCCUACCCAAGUGACUGGCACUGCCACAAUUCUGACUGUGCGUGAACCUAAGGAGAAAAGGCUGAGACGCGUUGUUCCAGCUGUCAAAGUCAGUUGUGCAAGGAAGCAAGAGGAGCCUAAACCUUCACCGAGUGAUACCGAGAGCAAGAGCACAACUUCUGAACAAACCACAGCACUUUUCCAUCCGAGCACCUUUUCAGGCAGCGUGGAUGAGACUUACAACUACCUGGCCCAUCACAUCAACUCAUACUUUGGCAGCACUACAAAGGACAAGAAAGUGGACAAUGUUGACUAUCCCUCUGCUUCCUCUCAGGGUCAACAAACUAGUGACCUCGUGCCAGUAUCUGAUAAAACAGUCUCUGCUGCUCCAGUUACCCCACCGUCCACGAAGAAAGGUUUAGGACACUACCUGUCCUACUCGGCUCCCACUGUACAAGCCUUUGUAGGAAGCUACAUUGCUCCCUUGGUCCCAAAGUUUAGGACAGCAGCGGAGUCCAAAAGUGUUACAGUGGAAGAAAAGAAGUCUGAGGAUGCACAAGUCAAACAGGUGGAGGCCAUAGUUAGUAAGGAGCAGAAGUCUUUAGAGGAGAAAACCAAGAAACUACUGCUUCAAAGGGAGAAGAUCAUUGCCAGGGUGAGUGUGGACAAUCGAACUCGGGGUCUGGUUCAGUCUCUCCACAGGGCCUCAGAUGUAAGGGUCUACAUCAACAGGGUGGAGGACCUCAGCUACCAUCUCCUGGAGUUUCCAGAGACGAGUGGUGUUGCAAUCAAGGAGCAGGUUGUCCCAUGCCUGCUGCGUCUGAAGCAGGCCAGUGAUCCCGGCCUGAGGGCAGCGGUUAGCGAAGCCCUCACUCUCGUGGGCUACCAUAAACCUGUGAAAGGUCGGGGCGUACGGAUCCUGUCCAUAGAUGGAGGAGGGUUAAGGGGACUUGUUGCACUUCAGACGUUACACAAGCUGGAAGUCCUGACCGGCAAACCCAUUUACCAACUGUUUGAUUAUAUUUGUGGUGUCAGCACAGGUGCUAUCUUGGGGUUCAUGCUAGGUUUGUUCCAAAUCCCGCUGAACGAGUGUGAUGAUCUUUACCGGAAGUUGGGUUCAGAUGUCUUCAAGCAGAACGUCAUUGUUGGCACUGUGAAGAUGGGCUGGAGCCAUGCUUUCUAUGACAGCGAAGCCUGGGAGAACAUCCUCAGAGAGAAAAUGGGCUCUCAGCUCCUGGUGGAAACUUCAAGAAACCCCGAAUGCCCCAAGGUGGCAGCGGUGAGCACCGUAGUGAACCGGGGCACUCCUCUGAAGGCCUAUGUGUUCAGGAACUACAACCUGCUGCCCGGGGUGCGCUCUCACUACCUGGGGGGCUGCCAGCACCAGCUCUGGCAGGCCAUCCGUGCCACGUCAGCAGCCCCAGGGUACUUCCAGGAGUUUGCCUUGGGAAAUGACCUCCACCAGGAUGGAGGUCUGCUGAUUAACAACCCCACAGCACUGGCUAUUCAUGAGUGUAAGUGCUUGUGGCCCGACACGCCUCUGGAGUGUGUGGUCUCGCUCGGUACGGGCCGCUUUGAAACUCCCGGCAAGAACAGCACUAACUACACGAGCCUCAAAACCAAACUCACCAACGUCAUCAGCAGCGCCACAGACACUGAGGAGGUUCACGCCAUGCUUGACGCCUUCCUCCCUCCCGGCACUUAUUUCCGCUUCAACCCCUUCAUGAGCGAAGACAUCUCCAUGGACGAGAACCGGCACGAGAAGCUCAACCUGCUGCAGGCUGAGGGCGCCCGAUAUCUGGAGAGGAACGAGGACAAGCUGAAGAAGGCCGCUCGCAUCCUCACCCGAGAGAAAAGCUCCGUCCAGACGCUGGCAGAGUGGGCCAGACUCAGGGCCGACAUGUAUAACAUGUCCUUUAAUAAGUCCUUUAAGUUCUAGAUCCAACACAAGCCACCGUUACCUCACAUGGAAACUCUUCCUUUAUUCUAAAUUGCCUAGAAUAUUUCAUGGUACCAUUAUUGGUGUGUCAUAGUUGUUGACUUCUUGACCUUUAGCAUUGAAAAAACGCACAAGUAGGUAAUGUGUCCAACAUGCUAAACACUGCUUUUUGAGUUGCAAUCUGCAUGAAAAUGCAUCAGGUUGCCGUUGUGGUUGGUAGCACUCGUCUCAGCACUCUUAGCACUGUUGCAUUCAAAGAAGAUGUGUCAAAAUGACGUGGGUUUGGGGACUCCCUAGUUAGGGAUUCACUGUCAGCUUGCUAGCAAAUUGCAGCUUGUAUACUUAGAAUAGUUAAACAUUUUGGGGAAGAUACCACGUAAUUCUGUACGGUAAAUAUGAAGAUAGCUAGCGGCCGGUUAGCUUAGCUAAGUAUAAAGACUGAAAACAGGGAAACAGCUAGCCUGGCUCUGUACAAAGUUUUUGAUUAGUCAUUAAAGGAAUAAUAUUUAGGACUGACAGCCAGUGUUUAGAAUGGGUAACAGCAGUCCAAGUUCAAAACAUUGGAGCCGUUAUCUCAAAGGAGAUCAUGCUGGCUGUAGCGUUGUUGUCGGGAGAAGCCAGUAUUUCAAUUCAGCAUGUUUCCUUAAUCUCUGAUGACAUAUCAUGGUCAUUUUAUGAUUUAUUACAGUAAAUAUAUUACAUAUUGGUUUAUGCGACUAUUGUCUUGUCUUAAAAAAGUAUUUUCCCUUGUUUUUAUUGCCAUAGUCUGCGAGUGUGUGUGCGGCGCGUCACCUCCCGUGGUUUCAGCUGGGAGACGUGUUUGAGCGCUGGAGCAUCGUAAAACACACUUCAUUUAAACUCGACUGAAACAAAAUAAAACUAACCAAAACCAUUUUGGUUAGUCUUUGCACCGUUUCAACAAUUUGUUUGAAAUAAUUUGAGUUAGAUUUGAAAAUGUGCGAGCGAUCUUUGAAGAGUUAUUUUAUUUUUCCCAGUGAUUAGCGAAUAGUAUUUUUGCUUGAAAUACCCAUCCCUAGUCCAAAGGUAUCAACAUCUGCUGAUGCAGUGGUUUCCCAUUUACAGACUUUGUGCUAAGCUAAGCUAGUCAGCUGCUGGCUCUAGCUACAUAUGAGAGUGGUAUUAUCAUUAACUUUCAUCAAGAAAGCAAAUAAAAAGCAGAAUACUGUAAACUUCUACAGUAGUCAGUAACGGACUGUUUUACCAAGUCAGCACUUUUUAAGCUUUCCUUUUUAAAGAUUUGUUACGACAACCAGUACUGUAUAUCCUCACAAACCUGUGUUUGCACUUUCACAGAAAAUGUGUAGAUGGUAUAUAUCUGACCUUGAAAUAGAGUAUUCGUUAGGCGAAGCUGCCAAUCUGUAAAACUGUAAAACAUCAAUGUCAGGUACUGACAGAAAAAAAAUCCUUUUUAUUUUUGUAAAAAGUUUAAUCGAGGUCAAUUUGAGCAGUUAAUGCAAGUGACAUUUCUCAAAUGUAAUGACUAAAAUGUGCACCUUUUAACAAUGCAGCUACUGGUCAACUGUAUAAUUGUACACUGAUAAUAGUAACAUUGGUACAUGAGGGCCCACUUCAAGCAUUACAGUAUUAUAUGUUGUAUUUAAAUGCAUGUUAUAUUUAAGAUUUUACGCACAAAGAUCAGUAAAUAUCUAGUUAAAAAAAUGACAAAGAUGUGUAUUUUGCAGAGAUUUACCCAAAUAUUUAACUCUAAAAUACCUAUAAUGAUUAAUUAAUAUGAAUAGCAGAUAAAUAUAAAAUAUAAAUGGAGGCUCGCUGUCAAAAGAAUGAAACUUUUAUGUUAUUUUAGCCUCAGAGUAUUUUAAGCUCACUUGUUUCAGACGCUUUUAUCAUCUAUGCUUGAUUGUUUGGUUUUAUGGAUUCCCCACAGGCUAUACACAUUUUCUGCUCUGUCUUCAACAUGCCCUCUUUCCCUUUGAUGCCUCUCCUCUAAAGCCUCUUUCAACCUUUCUACCUUGAAGUGCUGCACGUCAGCCACUGCUCUGCUGUACUAUAACGUCUGUUAAAAAUCAUGCAGGUCAUAGCUGAGGGACUGGUUUGAAUAGGAUUGCUGCUGAAUUGAUUUGCCAUGGCUUUUAAAUUAUCUUAAUGACAUGUACAGCUAAAAAAAAAAAAAUUGCACUGCAGACAUUCAUGCCUCGACCUGGUCAAGUACUGUAUAACUGAUACAGAAAUGUGUCGGUCACUCCUGGAGGACCUGAGGUAAAGUCGAUGCAGAUAUUAAUAUAAUUCCACUGUUCUUCUGUUGAUCCUGUGUAAAGACUGUUUGAGAAUGUAAUUAAAACCCGUCACUGAA